AUGCUUGCAACCACUACCUUCUUCCCUCCAUCCACAGCCGCAAAUCUCUCCCACACAGCCUACCUGCCCAAAACGCCGUCCCCGCUCUCGCCACGCAGCGCAAACAUCUAUGGCCGCUCCCACUUCGCCGCUUUCCCUUCGAUGUCAGAUCUCAACGCCUCGGCCUCCUCUUCGCCGAAAAUACUCGCAAUAGAGCAGGGGGAGAAUGUGGUGGAGCCAGUUAUGGCGAAGAGUGCAGGUGGAGCAGCAGCGGCGAAGACAUCCGUUCCGUUCUCGCAACGCGCUGUGAAGCGCGCGCCGAGCCCGAGGGCGGAUGAGUUGAAGGAGAGACGGAGGAGUUUGUUUCUCAAGAAGGUGCAGGAAGGGAGGGAGGAGAGGAGGUUCGAGGGGAGGGGAGAGGAUAUUAUGCGACUGGAUUUCGUGCAAAGGCGGAAACAAUGGGAGGCGCAGCUGGCGCGCGAAGCGCCUACUUUCUCGCCUUUUGAGUUGAUGGACGAUAUUGCGGAGGAAGUGGAUGAGUCGUGGUUUGAGUUGCCGAACUCGAGUGAUGUGAUGCACAUGUCGGCACCUUCGACACAGCAGCAGGCGGCGCCACUUGUGGAACAAGAAGCGGAAGAGGUUCUGCGACGCGAGCAUGAAGAACUGGAGGCUUUGCUGUCGUACAUGCCGGAGGAGCAGAAACAGGGGGUGAUGGAUGAAGGCCGAUCGGAGCAUUUGUACAGCGAUGAUGACGACUACGAUGCGCUCUUCUCCGAACUGAUGGAGCAAGAUGCGAGUGGAGAGAUGUCGGGCCUGACGGCGGUGCACGAACAAGGCGAGGCGAUGGACAUGUCGUGA